AUGUACUCCCUGCAACAUCCCGAAAUUGAUGAACGGUUUUUAGGAUCCGAAUCAACAGUUGAAGAAGUCAUCAAACUGCUUGAAAGGCUGCAAAAGCCUAAAGAAGAGGAUGAAGAGCAAAAGGAUCCACCUGAGAAGGAACCGAAAUCAAUGACAGUGACGGAUGAAAACUUUAUAGUAACCGAACGGAAAAGAAAGUCAAAGGAAGAACCAAAGGAUACUUCAUCAAAGGGAGGCACCAAGCCCAGGACAUUCAAGCCAGAAGAUAGGGAAACAGACAGAUUUCCAUUUAUGCGGCAAGUGGAAAUGGAUCUUGAUCAACGCUCCAAAGCUCGUUUGGAAAGGGAACGAGUUGCCCAGAACUUUCGAAAAUUAGGAAACGCAGAGUAUCGAAGGGGUAACUAUGAAAAUGCCAUGCUUAUGUAUACCGAGGCCAUUGAAAAUAUUCGGGACAGUCACAUCCUAUACAUAAAUCGUGCUCUCUGCUUUAUCAAAUCGGGCAAAUUCAAACGAGGAAUUGUCGAUUGCGAUUUCGUUCUCAACAAAUUGGACGAGAAGAACCUGAGGGCGUGGAUGUAUCGCGCCAUGGCCUAUAAAGGCCUCAACGAUGAGCCCAAUUUCGAGAACUGUGUGAAAUAUGCCCGCAAAUUUAAUUCGAAGCAGAUGGAGUUUAUUGAUGAUUUCCUGGAAAAGUUAAAAUAA